AUGCCUGGCUUGGUUGACCUUUCAGAGGCCACGGUCCACUACGAAGAACAAGCUGAGCAGCCAGAAGAGCCUAGCGGCGAGGUCACCGAAGAAGCAGCUCCGAAGGAAGAAACAUUGGAGGAAGUAGACCAGACUGAGCAAAUCAAUCUUAAGGCUCUUAAUGUGGAAGAGGAAGGAGCGGACAACUCAAGAACGCUAGAGGAUGGUCAGCAGGAAGAGGAAGCGGAGGUGGAGGUGGAGGAGGACGAAGAAGGAGAAAUAGAAGAAAGGUCAGAUCACGAAGAAGUGGAAGAAGUGGCGGAGCAGGAGGAGGAGGAGGAGGAGGAUGAGCACUUUGAUGAGAACGAGGAGCAAGCUGUGAACGAUGACCACAAGAAGACAGGCGGAAAGGUCCACAGAAGGCCCAAAAAGAAGAACAGCACGAACAGCACGUCAGAGGGGAAGGAGAAGGGGCGGCGUGCCAAGCAGAAGAAGGUUGAAAGGGACACAUCAAACUCUAAGGCCUCUAAGGUUGAAGUAAACAAAGGCAGCCAAGAGGCAGAGACUCGCGUGGGCCGAUCACAUAUCAUUGUAGCGGCGCUCGCGCUUGCAGUUCUCGCGGGACUUGGCCUCAAGGUGCUACGCAGGAAGACUGUGGUGUCCUCGUCCUUCUUCGUGGAGCCCUUGCCCGAGCAUUGCACUAGAGAGAUACCAGAGCAUGUGAAGAUCUUUUCUGCGGACAAGAAGCUGCCAAUGAAAGUCAUGGAAACCAAGCCUAGCAUCGCUCUCCAUGCCCCAUGCUUCCUCAAAAGUUUCCAGAAGGUUAGCAGAAAGUAUCGACCAACAGGCAACUGGUAUUGGCAGAAGACCGAUGCAGAUUCUGGGGAGCGUUUGAGUAUUCAGCAUCAGCACGAGCCAGCGAUUUCUUCAACGCGCAUCAGGGAUGACAGUGCUGUGGUCACUUUUCUCACAGACCAUAUCUUCCCAAAGUUCGGUGAGCUGAACGAGUUGAGCUAUGACUGGUACGUGUUGCAGCAAGAUGCAGGCUUCGUUGUCCUGCUGCCAGACCCCGCGGCGCAUCAGUCAGUCUUCGAGGCCCAGAGCCACUGGCGCCCUCUUUUCCAGAAACUGGCGCAUACUUUCUAUCCCAAGUACUUCAUGGCUUACGCAUCUACAUUUGACGCGAAGUCACGCAAGUGGAUCGAGAAAGACUUCGGCAUCACUUCGUUCCCUGCCGUUGUCAUUUUCACUGGGCACCCGGCGGACCAGCCACAGAUAGUGGAGCAAAAUGCUCUCGAGAUGACUUACGAAAACCUGGCUCAAUUUAUCCAGGACGUAGAGGAUGGUUGCCUGACAUGGGUGCAUCCUCUCUUGACUUUUAAUGACCUGAAACCCUUCACAGAGAAGGAGAUGCCGACCUGCCCAUUAAAGUCCUGA